AGUACCUGUCUCAGACUCAUCCUAGCUGCUAUGCAAAAUGAACAGCAAGACAAAGGCAGGAUGGAAACUUGAAUCAGCAUCUGUUUAGGACCCUGGGGUGUUCGCAUCAGCUGUUGCUAGCUGGUGUCCAAACAUUGCAGUUUUGCUCAUUGGCUGAAAGCAGGGAGGGCUUUGCCUGUUUUUUCCUCUCUUCUCUCAGGAGAAGGGAACCCAGCGGCUUGCUUUUUCUUUCUUAAAAGGAAGCUCCAAGUUGGCGGUCCUGUCUCCAAGACACUGUGGGCUCUCUUCAGAAGAGCCUGCAUCCCAUGUCUUUACUCUAACCUGUCUUCUCCAGGAGGAGGGCAGCUGGUAGAAUUACUCAACCAAUGGGUAAUCUUGGUUCUUCCUCUUUAUGUGCGUGAUUUAAAACAAUAUGUGCACUUUGCCCUUGUUUCUCACAUGAACAUUGACCGAGAGAGCCGGUGUGGUUGCUCUAGCUGGAUCAGAAUCAAGUUUCCCUCGACACAGAGCAGUCUGUUCUGACAUAGGAAGGGUUUGAAAAUGCUGCUCCAGUUUCUCCUUGUCCUCUGGGAGUCCUUGUCCCUGCAGGUCGUUCUGGUGUUUCUGGCUACAUUUCUACUACUUUCUGGUUACAAGAGUCGCCCAAAGGAUUUCCCUCCAGGGCCCAUAGCUCUUCCCUUGCUGGGCAAUGCACUCAGUUUGGAUUUGAAGAAGACUCAUCUUUCAGUACAAAAGCUUUCAGAAAAAUAUGGCAAUGUCAUCAGCCUUCAGUUUGGAAAUCUGUGGUUUGUAAUUGUGAAUGGAUUGCACCUGGUGAAGGAGGUUCUUGUCCAUCAGGGUGAAAACUUUGUCGAUCGUCCAAGCGUUCCUCUUGAUGAUGAAGUCUUUAAGAAGCUUGGAUUGCUCUUCUCUAAUGGCCCUGGUUGGAAACAACAAAGACGAUUUGCCUUAUCAACUCUCAGAAACUUUGGUUUGGGCAAAAGGUCUUUAGAAGAACGAAUACAGGAGGAGAGCCGAUACCUAACAGAUGCAAUUGAAGCUGAGAAUGGGCAGCCAUUUAACCCUCACUUUCAGAUUAAUAAUGCUGUUUCAAAUAUCAUUUGUUCUAUCACUUUUGGGAACCGCUUUGAAUACCAUGACAGUCGUUUCCAGAAGUUAUUGAAAUUGCUUGAUGAGGCAACGUACCUUCAAGGAAGUCGGGGUCAGCUGUACGAUCUCUUUCCCACUCUCAUGAAGCACCUGCCAGGAUCCCAUCAGACUAUUUUAAAAAACUGGGAGCAACUGAGAUCCUUUGUGAAAGAAAUCAUUGAAGAACACAAAAAAGACUGGAACCCAUCUGAACCCAGAGACUUCAUAGAUGCCUACCUAAAUGAAAUGGCCAAGGGGGAUGCUGCUCCCAGUUUCCAUGAAGAAAACCUCCUACAUUCUACACAGGAUCUGUUUUUUGCUGGAACGGAAACAACUUCUACAACCCUGCGUUGGGCUUUGCUGUACAUGGCCAUAUAUCCAGAAAUUCAAGCAAAAGUCCAAGCAGAAAUAGAUUCUGUGAUUGGCCAGUCUCGCCAGCCAGCAAUGGAUGACAGGGACAGCAUGCCCUAUACCAAUGCAGUUAUUCAUGAAGUUCAAAGAAUAAGCAACAUUGUACCUUUGAAUGUGCCCCGGAUGACAACUAAGGACACUAUAGUGGCUGGGUUUCGUGUGCCCAAGGGAACCAUAAUGCUUGCCAACUUGACCUCUUUGCACUUUGACAAGGAUGAAUGGGAAACACCCAAUGUGUUUAAUCCUGGCCAUUUCCUGGAGAACGGGCAGUUCAAGAAAAAGGAAGCAUUUUUGCCAUUCUCUGCAGGAAAGCGAGUUUGUCUUGGAGAGCAGUUGGCGAGGACCGAGCUCUUCAUUUUCUUCACUGCCCUAAUUCAGAAGUUCACUUUCCAGGCUCCAAAGAAUGAGACAUUAAGCCGUGAAUUUAGAAUGGGUCUGACAUUGUCUCCCCUGCCGUACUGCAUAUGUGCAUUCUCUCGCUAAGGGGACUUGCUUUAUGUCAUAGCCGUUUCUUUAAAAAAUAGGAUCAGUUUAUGGUGCAGGAACAGAUCUAUGCCACUUGGAAGCCCUCAAGAAGUGGCAAAGUGACUCCCCCAGGUAGCCUCAGGUACCACAACCCCGCAGUCGGAUCAGUCCAUGCACAAGCUUCUCAGACGCUGCCCAAUACUACCUGAUUUAUAGAUAGCUAACUUGUUAGCCUGUGUGGCUUGCUCGACUGGCUAUGUGCAGAUUAUUCAUUAGCCACCUCUCCCAAUGCCUCAUGUUCUCCAAACAAUGUCUAACAUCAAAGAAGGUGAAGGUACCCAGCACUGUCACAUCCUUCGACAGAUUAGGACACUAAAGGUUGUUCUCAGCCAUCAAAGAGCUGAACAAGAGAUAGAGGGGGGGAGCAAACAGAGGCAGGAAGGAUAACCAUGUCAGAUCACUAUCUCCUAGAAAUACAAAUAUCUUCCAGAUAAAUUACCCAUAUAUCCACCCCCAAACGAUUUGCACAAAAUAGCUUCUAGGGAGCCCUAUGCAGCCUAGGACCCACGUAGCUACGGGACCGCCUCUCCUGGUAUGCCCCGCGGAGGACCUUAAGGUCCACAAAUGACAAUAUUUUGGAGGUCCCAAGUCACAAAGUGGUUAGGUUGGUCUCAACUAGGGCCAGAGCCUUUUCAGUACUGGCCCCAACUUGGUGGAACACUCUGUCACAAGAGACUAGGGCCCUGCAGGACUUGACAUCUUUCCGCAGGGCCUGCAAGACAGAGCUGUUCUGCCUGGCCUUUGGUUUGGACUCAGUCUGAUCCCUAUGUUUCCCUCCCCUUAUGGUUGACUUUUAAAAUGAGGCUGCAUUUUAAAUUGCAUUUUAACCUGUAUUUUAAAUUGCCCCCCCUUUUCUUUCUUUCUUUCCUAUUAUGUUUUUACUGAAAUUUUAUUUGUGUUAGCCGCCCUGAGCCCGGCUCUAGCUGGGGAUGGCGGGGUGUAAAUAAAAUUUAUUAUUAUUAUUACCUGUCUCAGAUGCCUCCAGGCUGCAGUGGAAAAUGAACAGCAAGACAAGAAGCAGGAUAGAAAACUGGAAUUGCCAGCUCUUUAGGACCCUGGGGUCUUUCUAUCAGCUAAAACAUUGCCGUUUGCUCAUUGGCUCAAAAUAAGGAAGGAAGUUUUGCUGGUUUCUCUCUUAUCUCUUGAGAAGGGAGCAAACACUUGCUUCUUUCUUUAAAGGAAGAUCAGAAUCAAUGCUAAGGUCACCAAGAAUUUGUGGGCUCUGGUGAGGUCCUGGGCCACAGCUGCUGAUAGGCUUCUUCAGCUCCAACCCAUUCUGUCCUGGAGGAGAGCUGCUGGUAGGUCUUUGUACUGCAGGUUUUCAAUCUGUUGAAUUUGUUUCCUGACGACAGAGAAGUCCUCCCUCAGAUCUUCCACAUCUAUCAUAGAAUGGUAUUCUACCUUAACACUUUUGACCUUUAGCAUAAUUUUUUAAAAAUAAAUUAGCUCCUUUGCUCUUCCAGAUUGUGUUUCUACAUUUUGCCCAUCUUUCUAUCCUCUGGUUGCAUCUGGGUUUUUUUUGUCAGGGAGGUGGGGAGGCAUCAACAAGUAGUACCAGGACUAAGUUCACAGUCAAAUUUUGUUAGGCAUGUUCUGCUUGCUAUUAUGUAUUUCUUACUUGCCUGAGAAGAUUUCAUUAAAAGCCAAUGAAAAAACAACAACUGUGGAUCCCUAGGAGCUUCUGCACCUGGGCCUGACCUGGUCAUGAGCCUGUUCUGGUCCUGUUGUAGUGAAGAAAAGGCAUUGUUUUGUUUAUAGGAAUGUGUGUGCUUUCAACUCAACAUAAAACUCUAAUGGAAUUCCCGCCUAUCUUUAUAAAAUUAGAAAAUGUUGUUAGGCAUGUUUUGUUCAUAAUGAACUUGCAAAGAGUUUGAUAUGCUAGCUGCAUCAAUGCAUCUUAAUGAAAAUACAUGCACUUUCUCUUGUUAAAUGACCAGUUAUUGCCAUUCUGUAUUGGUGGCCCUAAUUCGUAUGCAGAGUUUAAACAGGCUUGUAAAUACUGUAAAAUCAGUGAAGCAUGCAACUCUGAGUUGGUUUGUGGACGAUGAAUAUUAUUAGGUUUUAUUAUUUUCCAAAAACAUUAUUGUUGUGAUUGAAUAAACAUAGUCAAUGACAA